CACAGAUUUUCCCAGUGAUCAAACCUUAUGUCUUGGAAAUAUUUUCUGUGAACUCAUUCUGUAUACCUCCUUUCCCCCUGUUGUUUUGGGUUCCUCCUCACCUUAUCUCUUCAGCUGUAUUUAUUCCAAAUGCUACUACUGAAAACAGAACAUCCCCCCUCUUUUUUUUUCUUUUGUGCAGGUGCUGUAGCAUUACUGUGCAUUUACGUUUUGAAGCAGCAAUUUAAAAAUGUCUCAGUCUCCAUUUCUACUAUUGAGAAGUACAAUCCAAAAUGGAAUUCAAAACUGGAGUAGGCACCAUUACCUGAAAGAACAGAAACACGUAGCCCACUUCCCCCACAAAGAACCACAUUUUUAGAUAACCAAUGGGUUCUCAGCAAGGACCCAUUAGUCCUGGGAGUGCUCUGUAGUUAUAGCCAUUACCUUGAUGUGUUGGGGAAACUGAUCCAUGCUGCACACUUAGCAUCAGGAGUCCUGGAACAGGUGGAGAGUGAAAAGACAAUCUUCUGUGGGUCGUGCUGGAGGCCCCCUUCACCAUGGCCCUGACUCUUGAAACAGAAUCCCAAAUCUACCGCUCUCUCAGGGCUGUCUUUGGUGUUGCCGCACACCUUGUCUCACUUGGAUUUACCAUCUUUGUAGCUGUGGUUGCCAGACCUGGAACAAGUUUGUUCUCUUGGCAUCCUCUCUUAAUGUCUCUAGCGUUUUCCUUACUGAUGACAGAAGCCCUGCUGGCUUUCUCUCCAGAGAGCUCCCUUCUCCGGCCCUUUUCUCGCAAGACCAAGAUCCGUUUCCAUUGGGCUUUGCAGCUGCUGGCCCUCAUCUGUGCACUGCUGGGCAUGGCCUUCAUCAGCUACAACAAAUACAUCAAUGGGAAAGCCCACUUUGCCACCUGGCACAGCCUGACUGGCUUGCUGACUGUGUUGUAUGCUACCAUGCAGUGCAUGGGGGGGCUGGUUCUUCUCUACCCAAAGCUGAUGAAGAACUGGACGCUGGCCAAACUGAAACUCUACCAUGCCACAUCAGGGCUGAUUGGUUAUCUGCUUGGCUGUGCCAGUCUGAUGUUGGGCAUGUGUUCCCUUUGGUUCACCACAUCUGUGACAGGAGUCUCCUGGUAUUUGUCCAUGCUCAGCCCUGUCCUCACCAGCCUGGUUAUCAUGAGCCAGGUGAGCAAUGCUUACCUCUACCGCAAAAGAAUUCAGCCAUGAAAGCCAUCUUGGAACAAGCACCUUGCAAUACCUUGACUAUUUCUUGCAUUGCCUUUGAGUCCAUGGCCUUGCACGGCACUGAAACUGGAAAAUCUCUUUUUUAACUUAUCUAUUGCUUUGUAUGAUCUUUUGUACUUUAGAUUUCUGAUACUGCAAAUGCCCAUAAUGUCAAACCCAAAUUCCUUGAAGCUCCAGUAUCUAAGCAGUAUUUCCUUCCGUGUGAGUAUCUCUGAAGAUAUGUCAUUACAAAGGAUCAGUGUUAGCCUAGCUGGAAUCUUCUGCUGCUGCUGGAAGACCAAUGUACCCACUUCUUAGCCAGCAGAAUGUAAAGGAAUCUCACCCAACAAGUAGACUCAUCUUAGCCUCUGCUCUUAUUUCUUUCCUACUAGUGAAGCACUUGUGGAAAACCAAUGGAAACUUGUCACAUUCCUUCUGGGUAAACCAAGUGGUGGAAAGACUUGGCAUAUCCCUAACCAGAUAUUUUUUGUAAGUAAAGAUGAGGCUUUUAAAAUUAGCUGACCCACUAUAUGGAAUGGGUCCCUACACAGGGAGUGACUAGGCUAGUCAGACUCUUAACUGCACAGUACUUGCAUUUUAAGAAAAACUUUUGGGGGAAUAGGAAAUGAGAGGCAAAAAAGUGGCAGGGGAAGAAAGGAGUGAUUUACACUCCCCUACCACACUUCUGAUUUUCCUACUCAGGGUGACCAUAUCAGCUCUCUUCCCUUCUCCCCUGGAAGUUCCAGUGUAACAUGAAGUCAACACCACAGCCUCCACUGGUUUUUAAAAGGUUCAGAGUUGUUGUUACAGGGUUACCAAACAUCAGGGAAAGGGAGCUGUGCUACAGAUUCCUUCUUCCCUGAAUCAAACUGAAGUCUACUGGCACCUUCACAGAUUAACAAAAUUUACUGCAGAAUAAACUUUUAUGAGUCUGAGAUAAUUUUAUCGGAUGUGUGGACCAUCUGUCCAUUCGGCAGAUACAUUGAAAGUUUAUAAGCAACAGUCAGAUUGUGGGGUUCAGUUACUGUACUGAAACUUGAAGUAGUCAAUAAAGCUGUUUACACUAUAGUAAAGUGACUGCAGGGAAAGAUUGUAGGAGAUUAUAGGAUAAAUCAAUUAUGCCUGGCCUCAGUGCAGUGGACACAAAGGGCCUUUUGCAGAAACUUUUAGUUUUAAGGGAGUAGGAACUGCAAGGAUAAACUUGUAAUCCUAUGUUCAGUUGCGCAGGAGUUGACAGGACUUGCUUCCAUGAGACUGGACUCCACCAAGGCUCUGCCCAUCUUGGGCUGCUGCAAAUGCUUUUUUUGGCGAGGUUUAACAGCACAGUGUAAGCAUUUCUAGCACACAGCACACACAGCACACACAGCACAGUGUAAGAGUAAGACUUCUUCCUUGGUGUGUGCUUAAUAGUUCUCCAAGAGACUCACUCCAGGAGUGCAGUUUAAUCAACUGUGGUAUGAAUGCCACCAAAGUUGGCACUAUCUCCUGUCUGAGAUUGCUCAUGGUCAAGGAGAGCUGGUGUCUUGGGAUAAUGUGUUCAUACUAUCUGAAGGCAGACAAGAAGGGAUGAUCCAGUUCAUCAGCUGUACAUUCCAUGACACUUAAAUCUCCCCUCCCCUUUUGUAGAAGAACAUUAGCUUCCUUUUACAAAUGGCUGAACAAAGAGGAGGUACAAUGGCCAAGGACAGCAACAUGGGAAAAAAAAACAAAGCAUGUGUGUUGAAUCACAACCUAAACAAAACUAAAAUGCACGAAAGGGCUUGCCUUAGCAGUUACAAAGCUGCCAUAGAAACUAGCAUUCAACUGCAUAUAUUGAUGUGAACAUUUCUGGCCCUGCACACGUGUGGUCAUCGCUUGUAUUAAUCUACAAAUCAGUUGCCACAUGGAAGACCUUUCUGUAUCAGAAUAUUGGCACAUAUUGGGGCUCUCAGGAAUGCUUCUGUAGUUUAGGCCAAGGGAGCUAUAUGGGUUGGGGAAUACUAUGGGGAAUAUUAUUCUGUCUAUAGAUGGAUGUUAAGACAUCAAUCAGGAUGAACAUCAACCACAAUAGUUUCCUUCUUUGCAUUUGUAGUUCUCAGAAUAGCCAACAGCUUGUCACUUGUGUUUUGUUUAAAGUGUGCUCGAGCAUGUGCAGUAGGAAGAGCAUGGCUUUGCUCCUAAAUGACUCCGGGGAGAGGAAUUACUCAUAUUGUACUCGUUCUUAGAGAAGAAGGGAAAAAUAACUCUCCUUAUGAAGUGUGAAAGGGGGGAAUUCAGGAAUGAGCCCCUUGUUUAAUGGGAGAGGAAAAAAUACCAUGGUUGCAAGAAAGACCAGUGAUGAAACAUUGGCCUUGAUCAUUGGCUAAAAUGAAUCAUGAUAAAGUUGCACUGAAACCAGUGGGACAGUAUGCAAAGAACUUUUACUUUGAUGGACUUUCUCUCAAGCUACUUAGAAGUAAGUUUUACUGAGUUCCGCAGUGCUUGUUUCUGGUGUCAAUUAAACUUAGCUGGCCUAUGGUGUUCUUUCCCCUUAAAAUAAAUGACUGGGUGUUCAGAAUGAAACUGGUCCCCAAAAUAUAAAAAAUGCUGUUGAACUAGGAUUUCACUAAAGAGAGCAGUGCCAGAGGGGUUUUGGGUGAACUUUUUUUUACUUAUGGUAUAUAAAUGUAAUUUGCAAUAAUGUAUAUUUUCGAUGUCCCAUGUGAUGUUACUUCUGCACAUGUGUGGUAUUCAGCAUUAUAGAAAGGCUUUGCCAUCCUGGGAAAGAGGUACCCAGUUACCUUUAGUGCUGAAAAUAGGAGCAAAGUCUCUUCAUUUACAAGUGAAUAGGGGUAAAGUACAUUGUACUAGAGGAGUUCCCUAUCAGAGGUGGGCAUAAUAAUAGGUCCUUUGGGGAUAUCUUUCUCUCUUCUAGUUACAGUUAGCAAAUCUGGUUGAAAAUGACAGCCUGUUUCCACUAGAGAUCGCAUAACCCUCACACAUGUGCAUUGCGGUUGCUGAAACGUCUUGUUCUCAGGCCUGAAACAAUCCCCUACUGGACAAAAAUGGUCGUUUCUAUCAAAGUGUUUGAUAGUCUUUCUGCAGGGCAGGUAUUGCAGAGCCCAAUCUGUAUUCAAGCGCACUCUCUUAAAUAAACCUUUCAGACAGUGGCAGUGACUCUGGCAUGUUGCCACUUUGUCCAUUUUAAUUCUUUUCUUACCCACUAGAUACGUUAUUCAGUGAGGAGAGAGUGCAACAGCCCCACCUGGAGGGGUGUUUCAAAUGUUUACACACAUCUCCUUUUAACUCUUGAACAGUUAUGCCAUAAAUACAUUUCACACAUACUUGGCAUCUUACAUAAGAACAUAAGAACAAGCCGGCUGGAUCAGACCAAAGUCCAUCUAGUCCAGCUCUCUGCUACUCGCAGUGGCCCACCAGGUGCCUUUGGGAGCUCACAUGUAGUAUGUGAACGCAAUGG